UCAAGUCAUGGCGGGCUGUGGAUAAAUCACUGUCUGCACCUCAGUUUAUCUCAUCUUUAAAAUGAAAGUAAGAUUUCUAAUUCUGGUUAUUUCACAGAUUUGUUGGGAGUCUCAAUUUUACAAAUAUGUGUGACAAUGCUUUUUUUUUUAAAGAGUGAAGUGUUAAAUCAAGGAGGGGAGAAAUGUAGGCUCUUGGUGCCAGGAUCUCCUUCUCCCUUUGGCUUCCUGUCUAGGAGACAGCAUGAAGUGAGAGAGAAAAAAAACCUCAUUUUCUUGUGGGGGAGGGACGUGGUCCAGGCGUCAGAGAACCAGGGAGGGGCACGUGAGCCCACAGCGUCUGCAUUUAAUGCCCCGAGCCAGGGCUGCAGGCCCGCCCAGGCCCAGGGUCACGCCGCUCAGCAUCUGGGCAGCCUGUCGGUGGGGGGCGGGGACUGUCCUCCGCCCAUCUGCUCAGAGAAGACUCUGUUAUGUGGCUGCCCUAACACAGUGCCACCGUCGAGGGGCUUACACACCAGAGGUUCGUUUUCUCAUGACUCUGGAGGCUGGGAGUCCAGGAGCAAAGCCCAGGCCCCUGAGCGGGAGGGAUGGAGAACUCUUCAGCAGCGUCCGCCUCCUCCGAGGCUGGGAGCAGCCGCUCCCAGGAGAUCGAGGAGCUUGAGCGCUUCAUUGACAGCUAUGUGCUGGAGUACCAGGUGCAGGGACUGCUGGCCGACAAGACGGAGGGUGAUGGCGAGAGCGAGAAGACGCAGUCCCACGUCUCCCAGUGGACGGCAGACUGCAGUGAGCACCUGGACAGCAGCUGUUCCUUCUCCCGAGGACGAACGCCCCUGCAGCAGAAUGGCAGCAAAGACACCUCUCUGGACAUGCUGGGCACAGAUAUCUGGGCUGCCAACACCUUCGAUUCCUUCAGUGGUGCCACCUGGGACCUGCAGCCUGAAAAGCUGGACUUCACCCAGUUCCACCGGAAGCUCCGACACACGCCCAAGCAGUCCCUGCCACACAUCGACCGAGAAGGGUGUGGAAAAGGGAAGCUGGAAGAUGGGGAUGGAAUCAACCUGAAUGACAUCGAGAAGGUCCUUCCAGCCUGGCAGGGCUACCACCCGAUGCCCCACGAGGUGGAGAUCGCGCACACGAAGAAGCUGUUCCGGAGGAGGAGAAAUGACCGAAGGCGGCAGCAGAGACCCCCAGGAGGGAACAAGCCCCAACAGCACGGUGACCACCCGCCGGGCAGUGCCAAACACAACAGGGACCACCAGAAAUCCUCCCAGGGGGGCUCGGCACCCCACCCCUCAGGGAGGUCCAGCCACCACGGCUAUAGCCAGAACCGGCGCUGGCACCACGGCAACAUGGAGCAUCCUUCCGGCGACAAGGGGAAGGCAGGCGCCCACCGCAAUGCCAAAGAGACCGUGCCCACAGAGAGCCCCAGACUUGAGGACGCCCUGGGGGACGCUGGGCACGGCGGCCUCGAGUCCCCCCGCAGCCCUGAUGCCCUGGCCCCGGCGGCUUCCGAGAGGCUCACCCUGCUACAGCCGGGGUGUCCAGAGGCCGAGACAAAGCUUAAAGACAGUAUUAUUCCCGAGCGCGGCGGGGAGCGCCCCAAAAUUACCCUGCUCCAGUCUUCCAAAGACAGGCUGCGGCGAAGGCUGAAAGAAAAGGUACCGGAUGAAGUGGCCGUGGAGACCACCAGCCCUCAGCAGAACAAGAUGGACAAGUUGAUCGAGAUUCUGAACAGCAUGCGGAACAACAGCAGCGACGUGGACGCCAAGCUCACCACCUUCAUGGAAGAGGCCCAGAACUCCACCAACUCGGAGGAGAUGCUGGGGGAGAUCGUGCGCACCAUCUACCAGAAGGCUGUGUCCGACCGCAGCUUUGCCUUCACGGCCGCCAAGCUCUGCGACAAGAUGGCACUCUUCAUGGUGGAGGGGACCAAGUUCCGCAGCCUGCUGCUCAACAUGCUUCAGAAGGACUUCACGGUGCGGGAGGAGCUGCAGCAGCAGGACGUGGAGCGCUGGCUGGGCUUCAUCACCUUCCUGUGCGAGGUCUUCGGCACCAUGCGCAGCAGCACGGGCGAGCCCUUCCGCGUGCUGGUCUGCCCCAUCUACACCUGCCUCAGGGAGCUCUUGCAAUCUCAGGAUGUGAAGGAAGAUGCCGUCCUGUGCUGCUCAAUGGAGUUGCAGAGCACAGGCCGACUGCUGGAGGAGCAGUUGCCCGAGAUGAUGGCCGAGCUCCUGGCCAGCGCCCGCGACAAGAUGCUGUGCCCCUCGGAGUCCAUGCUGACCCGGUCCCUGCUGCUGGAGGUCAUCGAGCUGCACGCCAACAGCUGGAACCCCCUGACGCCCCCCAUCACGCAGUACUACAACAGAACCAUCCAGAAACUGACCGCCUGACAGCUCAGGGGCCUGGCGGGCAGCCCGCAGGGCAGCUGGGGCCCUGGUGCUCAGAGCCAGAUGGACAGGCGGGAAGACAGGGGUGGCCCUGGCGGGAGAGAGGCGUGGGGAGGAAGGCAGGCAGAGCCGGCGGCCAGUCUGGAGCCAGACGGGGAAGGGACCGAAGCCCUGGGAGGAGCGGCCCCCCAUCCGACGAGCCCCCCAGCCCGAGCAUGCGGCAGCUCGCACUAGUAAGGGCAGCAUGUGUCUUCUCCACGGUGGCCCGGCCCUCCUCCUCCCCGCCCCCUCCCAUGCAAGGCGUCCCCCCCAACUCCCCCCUGCCGGGCUGUGCUGUGUGCAGGGGUUCAUCCCCUCAGAGGCCGUGGCAGCCCGCAUGCUGGGGUACAGCUUGGGUCAGAAAGGACCUCAGAAGGCUGGAAAAAGUGGGUCGGAGACGGGCUUGCAUUGUUCCCGCGCGCUGUCAGCCACAGUCGCCAACUGGCAGCAGGCGACAUGUAGCAGAUGUCCGGGAGGACAAAGGCAGGCACAGUCCCCACCAGCCGCCCCUAAUUGACGGCCUUUGUCCGCACGGCCGGCGGGCUGGGGGACAGGGCCGAUCUCCUCUAACCUUCACGUUCCGCCCUCCCACCUUCCAGCCUCCUCCCUCAGCGCCCCCACCACCCCAUCCACCAUUCCCCCCCGACCCGCGACGCUGAGCUGCAGGCCCACAGGGGGCCGGGGGGCCUCGAGGGGAGACGGAGUUUGCCGUUCUGCUUGCACUCUUUUGUUUUAUUGUGUUUUACUGUUUUCAAAAGUCAGCUGCUUUGAAGUCUCCUCUCUCAGUGCCGAGGGCCCCGCAAUGUGAUCACACAAUCAGCCCCGCGAGAACCCCCUGAUUAGUGGGAGAUCAAACCUGGCCCCCCUCUGGAAGGAUCCUAGCCACAGACAGCUUGCCAGUAGCCAAUUAGGGUAAUUGGAAACUUCUGCCCCUGCAGGGGUCCCCGCUGGAACCCUGUGCUUCUCGGCCCCUGGCUUCUCCCCUGGCUUCUCUGUUCUCCGUUUCUAGCUUCCUCCCUCAAAGGGCCGAUCCUGUCGCCACUGGGAGAGCAUUAAACCCGUCCUGGCCUGGGGCCUGGGAGUGAACCGGGCUCAGAAAGAGGCUAGCGAAUUAAAAACCGGAAAGCUCAGUGAUGCUUCCCCAUGCCACACACAGAGGUGUUUUCUCAAGCUCUCCCUGGAUGGGGAGAUACAGGGGAGACGGGGACACCUCGUUCCCUAGGACUAACUCAAUGAGCUGAGUCCUCAGCUGUGGUCUGUGCCCUGGGGUGGGGAGAUCUCUGGGUACUAGUGCCCCAAGGCAGUUGGGAGGGGUGUGUUUGCUGAGUCAUGAGCAGGACUAUCAGGGGAUCCCAGCAAGCCACCCGCUUUCCAGGCUGGCAUCAAGGCUGGGGAUGCUUGGAGGGGCCAAGUCCUAGGGGCAGCCCCUUCUCUGACGGCUGGGGAGGAGGAUGAGGGGUGGGCCUUGGGAGGCUGGCUUCGGGUCAUCUCUGGUGUGUCUACACAGCCCCACUCCUGGUCUGGAGCCCCCAUUUCCAUGAGGCCCCAGAAGGCGGCCUGAGCCCAGCAGGGUCCUCAGUUGUUCUGUUGAGGCCUGGGUCACCUUGAACCCCCGCCCCUGGCUGACUGGUCUGAUCAGGCUGGAGGAAGUGUCCCUUUGUUGAGUCUGGCAGAGCAGGCGGGUGGGGGUGGGGGGCGGCUUCCUCUGUACCCCCUGGCGUAUCCAUCCCAUCAGUCGCCACCUGCCUGCCAGUCCCCCAGGAAGAGCCUGUUGGGGAACAAGGGGAGGGGCACAGUUUACCUGGAAGGGGUCAGUGGCCUCUGCCAAGGAGCCCACACUGCCCCACUUCUGCCUUCUCCGCCCCCCUCCCCUUCCUCCCAAGCUCCUCCAUCUUCUCUUCACUGCCUUUCCUGCACCUUUUGGCUCAGCCUGGGCCCAGGGACACCAGAGGCCCCACGGGAGCCCUUGAGGGAAGAGCUGGGCUGACGUCAGGAUGCUCAGAGAGGUAUCAAGGAAAUCAUGGCCCCACAGGGUCAAGGCAGCCCCCAGCCCAGCAAGCAGCCGCUCCCUGGCCGCCCUCCGAGAUUCGCACCUGGGCUGAAGGAAGGCCCUGCUUCCCUCAAGUGGGGUAGGGGGUGUGUGUGUGUGUGAGUGUGCGUGUGAAUGUGUGUGUGUGUGUGUCUACAUGAGUGCAUCUACUGAGAAGGAAGCAGGACCCUGGAAGAAGGCUGAAGCCUACAAGUGAGGCUGAAAGUGGAGGGAGCAGAAGAGGGCGUCUCCCACCCCAGCCUUGGGCUCAGAGAGCAGGCUUCCUGAAGGGGCCCCAGACACCGUGCACUCGGGGGCGACGUUCCCUGGAUGGCCCGGCAAGGUAACUGCUCGGGCACCACCCUCCUAUGGCCCCUUCCUCCCGACAGCCUGCCUUGGCGGUCUUGCCUCAGGGCCAGCCCCUCCUUGACUGUCAGGACCAGAGUGGGGAGGAGUGAGAUAUAAAUAUGUACACAUAUAUAAAUAUAUUUUUAAUUACGUGUCAUGUCGCCGUGGCCUCCAGACAUAUAUGAUUCGCUUAGUUGAUUCCAUUGCUUGAGAGCGCUUCCUGGCUGAUCCACAUAACCGUCGAAGCUGUUUUUCUAAAUGCAGGUUGCUGCUACUUUUUCAGACGUGGAAGGAAAACGUUCCAAAAAAAAAAAAAUUUUUUUUUUUUUUUUAAGGAAAUAACAGUAAAGGCUAAACUCUGAGGUCUGAGGCAGCUUCUCAUGGGAGACUACUUAGGAACUCGGGGGCAGACAGGGGUGCCCUCAGACCUCCGCCCCCCUCCCCACGCCAGACCCCCCCCCCGCUGACAGGGAGGCCGUGUCCGAGUUGACCUCUGAAUGUAUUUGAUGGGAGGCUAAACCGGGUGUUGCAUAGUCCUCUGAGGACUCAGUGCUCUUCUAAGGCUUGUGUGGUUUUCCCUCCUCGCCUGUGGCUCCCUCAGCUCUGGGGAGGCGAGGUCCCGCCAUCCCGACGCGCGUCCUGUCUCUCCUGCCAGUCAAGACGAGGCAGUCAUGGUUUUCCUCCCAGGCAGCUGGCCUGCUCGCCACAGUCCUGCUCCCAUGGGCCUCAUGGCUCUGCCUGAGCUCUGGGGCCGCAGCCCCGAGAAGGCACCCCCCCACCCCCAGCCUCCCUUGGACAAGGCGGGAGCCCCCACCACCCUCCCCAGCGGGUGUGCACCCCCAAACCCACUCUUCGUCUGCUCGUCCUUCCUUAUCCUGUCUGUACACCUUUAAGGUUUGGGGAUCGUCCUGUCCAUCCGUGUAAAUGUAAAUGUGGGCCGAGUCGGUAUUUAUUCUAAUUUUUAUUUUUUAUUUUAUUUUCUCUGAUGGAUGGGGAGGGAGGGUUUGUGGGAAACGUGCCGCUCUGAUCACGCCCUGGGCAGCUGCGAGGGGCGGGGGCCCAGACAGCCAGGCCGCCGCAGGAGCAGCCCCGAGGGGCCGCACAGACGCCAAGCCCCAGGCUCUUAUCUGGCAUCAGAAGCCGGCCAGUGUUCCUCAUCCCGACAGACUGUCCGGCCUGUCCGCGAAGUCCUGUCCCUCAGCUGCCGACACUCUGUUGGGAAACCGCAGGCUGGGCCUCUGAGGACACAGAUCAGAGAAAACUCUCCUCCUCUGCUCGGGACACUGGCGUACAAGGGCUGCCUGCCUCGCCCGAGCCAGCUGGGAGCCUGGCGACGGGUCCUACCUCCCCAGAGCAGGGGGCCGGGGGGCUUCCCGCCAAAGCUGCGGCAGAACCCUGCUCGUGCAACGACCACCUUCCCUCCCUUGGUAUGUCCUGCUUUCCAGCUCAACCCAAACUACAAGUGGGUUUAAAAAUAAACCACGCCAAAAAACAGAAA